AUGUAACAGGAAUGUUAGAAAGAAAAAUUUAAAACUUCCUUCAAUGAGGCACUCUUUGGUGAAGGACCCUCGGCCCUAGAGAGGGUGGUGGCCCCCCAUGACUUGAGGGACACUUUGGCCAGCUGACCCCUGUGCUUCCUCAUGCCAGGCCGCUCAGUUCCGGGCUGCGGUGCGGCCUGAGGGCCCGAGGCUCGGCACCUAGUCUCCUUAAGCAAGUUCUUUCACACACACACCCAUACACACUUUGGCCCGAAAAUUCAACGAGGUUUUUUAAAUUCCUUCUUCCUCUGUUGUUGUUGGGUUCUGAUUACUUCCAUCUGGUUGCGGCAGCUCGAGUGGAGUCUCUAAAAAACAAAACAAAACAAACAAAAAGCCUCCCUACCAAACACAAGGAACCAAACCUAAAAGGCAGCUUCGCUUCUCACCAGCACGCGCUCUGGGGGCGACUCUUGUGAGCCGCGGCGGGGGGCGCAGGCCAGACCCCCGGCACCUGCGCGCGCCACGGGCAGGAAGAGGUUCCGCGCAGAACCGGCCCCGCGGAGCUAGCCUCCCUCCCAGCCUGGCCUCCUGUCCCCCGCUUCCGCCCCGGCGCCGGCAGAAGCGGGUGCACUGGGAACAGCGACCCGGGCAUCUCCCGGCGGAGGGGAAGAGGGAGGUGGAGAGGGCGGUGAUUUCAGAGAUUGAAAACAGAGCAGUCGCUGCGCCCCGGCUCGGAGCUCAUCUGACUUGAGUUAGCGAACCUCCCCCCCCCCCAAUCUCGGCGCCUUAAAAAAGUGUUGGGGACUGGCGCGUUCUUUCGUUCUUGGCUCGAACUUUCUUCUUCGUAGGUGUGCUUUUUCUUUUCGGUGCUGGGGUUGGGGGGGGAGUCCUCGGCUGCCCCUCCCCUCGGAGUCUCCCAGGUCCCCCACCCCCGGGCGGGGGCGCGCGGCGCGGGCGGGGGCGCGGCGCCGGGGUGUGCUAGGGCUUGUGCGCGCGGGGGCGCUGCGCCGUGCGGACUGCUAGCUGGACUGCGGGAGUGCCGAAGCUCGCCAGCCGAGGCAGCACGGCUCCGCGGACUUUUUUUCAAACUCCCAUCAAUGAGUCUUCGAGGAGGAGCGGGAGGCGGCGGCGGCGGCGGACUCGGAGGAAGGCGCGGAGGAACCGGAGGAGCGGGAGGAAGGAGCGCGGCGCGCCGGGGUCUUGGGGAGCUGCCCGGUCACCGGCGGUAGGGGCUGCCGGCCCCCGGCCGCCUCUGGAUCCCCUCCCCUGCGUGGCCCGCCUCGCCCCGGCCGGACGGAGCCUCGGCACACGGCAGCCCGCGGCGGGACGCCACGCCAGCCAAGUUGGGAUGGGGGCCCACAGCCACCGCCCGGCGCCCCGGAGGCCACCUGCGUGCUAGAGGCAAACUUUUGUCUCCCUCGGGCUGCCACCCAGGACCAUGAGCGGCUAGGAUGGAGGCAUCUGCUUCAGUCCCGGCUGCGGAGAAGAAAGAAGCCAAGAGUGGGAUCCUGGAGGGCAUCGCUUUCCCUGAGCCGGGCAGGAAGGCCUCUGCCCUCGCGGUGGCCGCCGCAGUAGCUGCCCAAGGAGUUCCACAGCAUCUUCUGCCACCGUUCCACGCCCCCUUGCCGCUUGACAUGCGACACCAGGAGGGGAGGUACCAUUACGAGCCCCAUUCUGUCCACGGUGUACCCGGGCCUCCCGCCCUGAGCGGCAGCCCCGUCGUCUCAGACAUCUCAUUGAUCCGGCUCUCCCCGCACCCCGCCGGCCCUGGGGAGUCCCCCUUCAACGCCCCCCACCCGUACGUGAGCCCCCACAUGGAGCAUUACCUCCGCGCCAUGCACGGCAGCCCCACGCUCCCCGCCAUCCCCGCGGCCAGGGGCCUCAGCCCGGCAGACGUGGCCCACGAGCACCUUAAGGAGAGGGGGCUGUUUGGCCUCCCUGCUCCAGGCGCCAACGCCUCAGACUAUUACCACCAGAUGACCCUCAUGGCGGGCCACCCCACGCCCUAUGGGGACCUGCUGAUGCAGAGCGGGGGUGCUGCCAGUGCACCGCAUCUCCACGACUACCUCAAUCCAGUGGACAUGUCGCGUUUCUCCAGCCCCCGGGUGACACCCCGCCUGAGCCGCAAGAGGGCGCUGUCCAUCUCCCCGCUCUCCGACGCCAGCCUGGACCUGCAGCGCAUGAUCCGAACCUCGCCAAACUCCCUGGUGGCCUACAUCAACAAUUCGCGCAGCAGCUCAGCCGCCAGUGGCUCCUAUGGCCAUCUGUCGGCCGGGGCCCUCAGCCCGGCCUUCACCUUCCCGCACCCCAUCAACCCCGUGGCCUACCAGCAGAUCCUGAGUCAGCAGAGGGGCCUGGGCUCAGCCUUCGGACACACACCACCCUUGAUCCAGCCCUCACCCACCUUCCUGGCCCAGCAGCCCUUGGCCGUGGCCUCCAUCAAUGCCACACCCACCCAGCUCAGCAGCAGCAGCAACUGUCUGAGCGACGCCAACCAGAACAAGCAGAGCAGCGAGUCAGCCGUGAGCAGCACCAUCAACCCCAUGGUCAUUCACAAGCGCAGCAAGGUCAAGACAGAGGCUGAGGGCCUGCGGCCAGCCUCCCCACUGACUCUGACACAGGAGCAGCUGGCUGACCUCAAGGAAGACCUGGACAGGGACGACUGUAAGCAGGAGGCCGAGGUGGUCAUCUAUGAGACCAACUGCCAUUGGGAAGACUGCACCAAGGAAUACGACACCCAGGAGCAGCUGGUGCAUCACAUCAACAACGAGCACAUCCACGGGGAGAAGAAGGAGUUCGUGUGCCGCUGGCAGGCCUGCACGCGGGAGCAGAAGCCCUUCAAGGCGCAGUACAUGCUGGUGGUGCACAUGCGCAGACACACAGGCGAGAAGCCCCACAAGUGCACGUUCGAGGGCUGUUCCAAGGCCUACUCCCGCCUGGAGAACCUGAAGACGCACCUGAGGUCCCACACAGGAGAGAAGCCAUACGUGUGUGAGCACGAGGGCUGCAACAAGGCCUUCUCCAACGCCUCGGACCGCGCCAAGCAUCAGAACCGCACCCACUCCAACGAGAAACCCUACAUCUGCAAGAUCCCAGGCUGUACCAAGCGAUACACGGACCCCAGCUCACUCCGGAAACACGUGAAAACGGUCCAUGGCCCAGAUGCUCACGUCACCAAGAAGCAGCGCAAUGACGUGCACCUCCGCGCGCCCCUGCUCAGGGAGAACGGGGACAGCGAGGCUGGCGCCGAGCCCGGCCGGGGCUCCGAGGACAGCACCGAGGCCAGCAGCACCAGCCAGGCUGUGGAGGACUGCCUGCAUGUCAAAGCCAUCAAGACGGAGAGCUCCGGGCUGUGUCAGUCCAGCCCCGGGGCCCAAUCUUCCUGCAGCAGUGAGCCCUCACCCCUGGGCAGUGCCCCCAACAAUGACAGCGGCGUGGAGAUGCCGGGGACAGGGCCUGGGAGCCUGGGAGACCUGACUGCUCUGGAUGACACACCACCAGGGGCCGAUGCCUCCGCCCUGGCCGCCCCCUCUGCCGGUGGCCUGCAGCUGCGCAAACACAUGACCGCCAUGCACCGGUUCGAGCAGCUCAAGAAGGAGAAGCUCAAGUCGCUCAAGGAUUCCUGCUCAUGGGCCGGGCCAGCUCCACACACCCGGAACUCCAAGCUGCCUCCCCUCCCGGGAAGUGGCUCCAUGCUGGAAAACUUCAGCGGCGGGCCGGUGGGGCUGCUGCCCAACCCGCGACUGUCGGAGCUGUCCGCCAGCGAGGUGACUGUGCUGAGCCACCUGCAGGAGCGCCGCGACAGCUCCACCAGCACGGUCAGCUCGGCCUACACCGUGAGCCGCCGCUCUUCCGGCAGCUCCCCCUACUUCUCCAGCCGCCGCUCCAGUGACGCCUCACCCCUGGGCCCUGGCCGCGCGAACCCUGCCAGUUCUGCCGACUCCUACGACCCCAUCUCCACCGAUGCGUCGCGGCGCUCGAGCGAGGCCAGCCAGUGCGGCGGUGCUGGUGGCCCAGGGCUGCUCCAGCUCACCCCCGCCCAGCAGUACAGCCUGCGGGCCAAGUACGCGGCAGCCACUGGUGGGCCACCCCCGACGCCACUGCCCGGCCUGGAGCGCGCGAGCCUGCGGGCCAGGCUGGCGCUGCUGGAUGCUCCAGAGCGCGCGCCGCCCGCCGCCUGCCCGCGCCCAGUUGGGGUGGGGCUGCGGCGCGGCAGCGACGGGCCACACUAUGGCCCGACGGGAGUGGCACCCACCUUCCCCCAUGAGGGCCCAGGCGGUGGGCUGCGGCGGGCCAGUGAUCCCGGGAGGCGGCCUGACGCCUUGGCGCCCCCGCGGGUCCAGCGCUUCCACAGUGCCCACAACAUGGCCCCGGCCGCGCUGCCACCAACGUGCACCCAGGGGCGAGGCCUCCGCCUUCAGGGCCACGCGAGCGCCGACGGCGGCCUGGCCCGCAGUGCCUACUCGCCCCGGCCGCCGAGCAUCAGCGAGGACCUGGUGAUGGAGGCCGUAGCGGCAGCGGCAGACAGCGCGGGCCCGGAGAUCAGUCUCGGGCUGCCAGAGGACGACCUCGUGCUUCCCGAUGACGUGGUGCAGUACAUCAAGGCGCGUGCAGGUGGCGCUCUAGAGGAGAGCACCCCGCAAGUGUACGCCCCGGAAAGCACCUGCUUCCCUGAGAACCCCAAACUGCCCAGCCCAGGGCUGCCCAGCCAGCGCAGGAUAGCGGCCGCAGACUCCAACGUGGGCCCCUCCGCCCCUGCGCUGGGAGGCUGCCAGCUAGGCUACGGGGCCCCCUCCAGCCUGAACAAGAACAGCAUGCCUGUGCAGUGGAACGAGGUGAGCUCCGGCACCGUGGACGCCUUGGCCAGCCAGAUGAAGCCUCCUCCCUUCCCCCAGGGUAACCUGGCUGUUGUGCAGCAGAAGCCGGCCUUCAGCCAGUACCCAGGCUACAGUCCGCAAGGCCUGCAGCCAAGUCCUGGGAGCCUGGACAGCUCACAGCCACACCUUCAGCCCUGUGGUGGGGCCCCCUCAGCGCUCAGGGUGAAUUACAUGCACCAACUGCGGCAGCCAGGGGCAGGUGGCCAGUGUCCCAGCAUGACAGCGGCUGUGAGCCCCCACACCGGCUACAGCCAAGCCCAUCCCCAGCUGAGCCCCAGCACCAUGGGGGGGACCCUGAACCAGUUCCCCACCUCUUGCAGCAACAUGGCAGCCAAGCCAGGCCACCUGGGGUUCCCCCAGCAAAUGGAGGUGGCUCCUGACCCCACCAUGAUGGGCAGCAACAAUAGGGAACUUGGGAUCCCCAAUUCCACCCUGCCUGGGAUGCCACCCACUCAUGCUGCACAGAGCUACCCCCAGCAGAGCCAUCUCCUGGCAACCGCCAUGAGCCAGGAGGGCUACCGCCAAGGUCCCAGCCUUAUGCCUUCCCACCAGCCCAGCUUCAUGGAGCCCCAGCAGGGCACGAUGGGGGUGGCUGGAUCAAGCUUUGGCCUGGUACAACCCCGGCCACCACCGGAGCCCAGCCCUGCUGGCCGCCACCGUGGGGUGCGUGCUGGACAGCAGCUGGCUUAUGCCAGGGCGACUGGCCAUGCCAUGGCUGCUCUGUCAGCCAACCAGGAGAUGGCAGAGUCUGUGCCCAAAGGUACCAUGUUGUCCCUCCCCCCACAGCCCCCCGCACAGGACACAGGCGGGGCCCAGGACCACAGCAUGCUCUACUAUUACGGCCAGAUCCAUAUGUACGAGCAGAAUGGAGGCCUAGAGAGACAGGCAGGCUGCCAGGCCAUGCAGCCCCAGCCACCGCAGCCCCAGGCCUUGCCCUCGCCCGGGGUCAACCAGGUGUCUAGCACGGUGGACUCCCAGCUCCUGGAGGCCCCCCAGAUUGAUUUUGAUGCCAUUAUGGAUGACGGUGACCAUUCCAGCUUGCUCUCGGGCGCCCUGAGCCCCGGCCUCCUCCACAGCCUCUCCCAGAGCUCCUCGCGCCUCACCACCCCUCGGAACUCCCUGACGCUGCCCUCCAUCCCCGCGGGCAUCAGCAACAUGGCCGUCGGGGACAUGAGCUCCAUGCUCACGAGCCUGGCUGAGGAGAGCAAGUUCCUGAACAUGAUCACCUAAGGCCCCAGCGCCUGGUGCUGAGCAGACCCAGCGGGACCAUCGCCUCCCAGAGCAUGUGGCUUUGGUCCAUUUCAUUUUCCCCCCAAAAGUAUUAAAUAGGUCUGAGGGAGUUUGGCCAGUGGCUGGUUCAGACCGCAGAUGCUGCAAGGGCAGGUUGACGUGCUUCCUGUCUGGUCUUCUUUUAGAUGAUUUUUCCGAACUCUGGAAAAAAGUCUCAAUGGGAAAGGCAAGGCAGGAAUGGAAAACUCAUUACACAGUGCUUCCCAGCCUUUGGUGUUUAUGGGACCACCCUGUUCUGGCUUCGUCACCUCUGUCAUUUGGCAAGUGGGGGAUUACCUUGGCCAUGGGCUUUCCAAGUGCACGAGGAAUGAGGCGAGAGGAGCCACAUUUGGGGUUGGAUCUGAAAGCCACAUUGGAUAGUCUUCUAAUCCAGGAAGAUAAGCUUCUUAUUCUGGUGCUUGCAAGGUAAAGGAAUUCCUGGCCCUUUGAAAUUCUAUGAAGCUUAAUUCUUGAGGCCUCUAACAUCCCUUGCCAUGGAGGAGAAAAAAAAGAUUGUACUUGGACUGGCGUUCCCGUUGCGGCUUAGCAAGUUAAGAAUCCGACUAGCGUUCAUGAAGAUUCAGGUUCAAUCCAUGGCCUCGCUCAGCAGGCUUAAGGGUCCGGCGUUGCUGUGAGCUGUGGUGUAGGUCACAGACAUGGCUCCAAUCCCGCGUGGCUGUGGCUGUGGCUGUGGCAUAGGCCGGCAACUGCAGCUUGAAUUCAAUCCCUAGCCUGGGAACUUCCAUAUGCUGUGGGUGUGGCCCUAAAAAGAAAGAAAAGAAAAGAAAAAAAAAAAAAAAAAAGAUUUUACCUGGAUACUUUAGAAGCACAUCUGGAUUCUGGGUUUGGUAGAGCUGGCAUCUCUACCCCACAGAGCCGAGUUUGCAGCUGGUGGACUGUCCACAUGUAAAUGGUUAAAUAAAGUAUGGACCUAUUGCCCCCCAAAAGAAAAGAAAAAAGUGUAAUAUUCAGGGCAAGCCCAGAAGCUGCCCUGGCCUCUCCAGACCGUGUUUACAGUGUUCGUUGCAUGUAGAAUGUAGCCCUUCCCAAAAAGAACACAUUUCUAAAUACCUCGGGGUUGCUGGAGCUGCUGUGGGUUAGGGAUGGACCAAGGCGAACUGGGUGGGGACAGGGCCUGGCUAAAGUGACUGGGGGUCAGGGGCCCAGCCUCAGGCCACCCUGGAGGUUUCCCAGCAGGAAAAGGAAGUCGCACAUUGACCCUGCCCUGUUUCUCCAGUGCACUGUCCACCUACUCUACCAUGUAGAACCCGAGGGCUUGAUCGCAGCCUCCACUCAGGUUCCUCCGGGCCCUGCUCUCUGCUCACCUGUAGCCCCAGGCUACAAUAUGCAGUCCUGGUAUCUUCUGAAUUCCCUUCCCUCUGGCCUCCUGUUCAUUUCACAGAAAGACAACCUGCAUGGUUUUUAGGUGGGAGGGGGGGAAGGUCAAGGGGUUGAUUCUUGGGAUUCUAAGGGACCGUCGCUGAAUUCUCCUGUUCAGUGUGACCAAGCCCCACCCAGAGAUGGAAUUGGGACCUGGCAUCAGAGGACAUUGUUCCUGAGCAUACCGUAGGGUGAACUGAUGUACCCGUCCCACCACACACGUAUGCCAACACCCCACACCUUUCCCAGGGUGAAUUUGUGGCAGCCUUGCCCAAAGCAAUGGCACCACUCAGAACUUGAUACUGAAAUGACCCUGGCUUCCAUCAGGACAGGCUUCAGCCAAACCUCACCUGGGCCUCUCCAUCCCAGAACAUCAGAUACUUCGUUAGGGUCCAAAAGACAAGGCCCACUUCAAAUAAUAGCCCCGGGACACCUGCAAGGGUCUCUUUGUGGUACGUGUUCCUUCCCUGAGCUGAGAGGUGGCCGGCCAUUCCCGGCCUGUAUAUAGUCUGUACAGAGGACUUCCUCCCUGAAAAUACUGUAGGCAAAUCAUCCAGUCAGAUUUAUAUCUCUGAAACAUUUUUAGCUUUUUCUACAUGCUAUGAAUUGAGAUGACAUGCUCAACUUGUAAAUAAGUCUUUUUGUACAUUAAAAAAAAA